GGCCGGACGACCUCCAGACGUCCUCGCCAUGAACUCCUCACUGACGGCGGACCCCAACUCGACGUCCCUCCUUCUGCUGCAGUAUCUCCCCAACUCGUCCUUCCUCGACUACGACUACGACCUCGCCUUCCCCCGAGGAGGUCACAACGUCUCGGCCGCCGCCCUGCCCGAGUGGUUCGACGACCUCGGCUUCGAAGCCCUCGCCAACGCCUCCUCGCCGCCCAACGCCUCGCACGUGAACCCCUCCUACGCCGCCUACGAGAGGUUCAUGGUGGAGUCGCGGCACUGGGUCCAGCGCGUCCUCGUGCCCCUGGUCAUGUGCGUCGGCGUCGUGGGCAACUCGGUGUCCAUGGUCGUCCUCACGCGCCGGAGGAUGAGGACGUCGACCAACAACUACCUGACGGCGCUGGCCAUCUCCGACCUCCUGUACCUCGUCUUCGUCUUCUCGCUGUCGCUGCAGCACCACCCCGACAUCAAGCACCCGCGCCACUGGUUCUACUGGCAGUACUUCCGCUACGGCCUGUGGCUCACCGACGCCUCCAGCAGUACCUCAAUUUGGCUCACCGUCACUUUCACGAUUGAACGCUACGUCGCAGUUUCUCAUCCAAUCAAAAGAAAGGCCUUGUGCACCGUCUCUCGGGCCAGGAAGCUGAUCGUGGUGGUGUUCAUCCUGUGCUUCGCCCUCACAGCCACGACCCCUCACGAGUGGGUGGUCGUGAGGAAGUCCCAGCCAGACACGCAAGAAUGCUUCCUCACUCUCAACUACAGCAGGGUGACAGCACUAGAACGUGGACGAUAUAAAGACAUCUUUAGUCCAAGGUAUCUCGGCCACACACACAGAGACCUGCAUGACGCCAUUUCUCUAAAAGCCGACAUAAUCCCAUUUUCUGUGGAGGAGGCGGCGAAGGGGGGACUGCGGAGCAAGCACCAGCGACGGAAGAUGACAGCCGUGUCGGAGAGGGACCACUACAGCCACCAGCAGGAGCACAAGAUCACCGUCAUGCUCAUCGCCGUCGUCAUCCUGGCUCUCGUGUGCCAGAUGCCGACGGCGGUUCUGCUGCUGUACAGGUGCGUCUCGUCGGGGGAGCGUUGGGGAGAGGCCUCGCACAUCUUCAACUUCCUCAACGCCCUGAACGCCGCCGCAAACUUCAUCCUGUACUGCGCCUUCUCCGAUAAG